UCACACACCACCACCACACUUCCUCCUCUGCUCUCGCGCAUCGGGUUCAUCGCCCGAGAGACAGAGCACGCACGCGCACGCCGCCGCUCCACCUCCUCAACCAACAAAUUUUAUCACGUCCCCGACGAAGCCCUCCGUCGCCCGUCUGUUUGGUCGCCGGCGCUAUGAAGGUGACUGCGAAGGUUGUGCUGAAGCUGGACCUGCACGACGACAGGCAGAAGCAGAAGGCGCUCAAGGCCGUCUCCGCUCUCCACGGCAUCGACAACAUGGGCGUAGACAUGAAGGAGCAGAAGAUGACGGUGGUCGGCAGCAUGGACCCCGUCGACGUCGUCGCCAAGCUGCGCAAGGUCUUCCUCGGGGCGCACAUCGUCUCCGUCGGCCCGGCCAAGGAGGAGAAGAAGGACGACAAGAAGGACGGCGCCGGCGGGGACAAGGACAAGAAAGACGGCGACAAGGACAAGAAGGACGGCGACAAGGACAAGAAGGACGGGAGCAAGCAGGUGGUGUACCCGCAUCACUACUGGUACCCCCCGCCGCCGCCGCAGCAGCACCACCACCCGCACCCGUACUACUUCGUCCGCAGCGCCGAGGAGGACCCCAACUCCUGCGUCAUCUGCUGAUCGACUCCACUGCCCCGCGCCCGCCCUGUACAUUUCUAGCUGGCCUGCCGGCGUGUGGCUCACCGGCGAUCACCGGUCGCGAGCUGCUCCGGUGGUGGUUGGUGGUUGCUCCACUCGUCAGCCUACCUGCGACAGCGAUCGCGAUAUAAUAUGAUCCGUAGAUGAUGUUGUUUUGUCUUGUUUUUUCUCUUUGGGGGGAUAAAGUAGACGCAUCUGCUGAGUUUGUGAUGCGCAGAUGUGGAAUCAAAUAACAGUGAGGAAAGGGACUAUAAAUA